AUGCGCUGUCGUGAUCUUGUCCUGCUCGGCCUAUGCGGACGUGCAGUAGCACGAGCAGUCGCACAUACCGGCAAGAGCUUCCAAGCGCUUAACAUUGUCGUGCCCGAAAGGGGAGAUUACUAUGUGAACCAAGCUUUGCAAGUCACCUUCGAGCUUGAUUGCCCGUACCUCGGUCAACUCGAUGUCGGUCGCGGAUCAUCCAAAUACACAGCCACGUUCAACGUCCUUGUCCCUCUCAAAAGACUGCCCAAUGGCAACCUGAACCUGACCAUCGUACCGAUCAAUACUGGCUUCAAUACGGUCGUGUACAGCACGAGCUGGGCCGAUAUACUCAAAGUCACGCCUACCACUCUCAAGGUCGCUUUCAAUGUCGCUAGCAAUUCCUACACGACAAGCAAGGACUAUCCUGGCUUUCCGGCCUGUCGAAAAGCCUGCAAUGCCAUGUGGCGAGGUGUCGCAGAAUGGUCAAUAAAGUCAAAAGAAUGGCAUUACGACGAGGCUCAGAGGACCGGAACGGCGCUCUGUCACGCCAACGGCUGUCCGCAGAUCCUUCACUAUCGGGAGGAUUGCACGGCGUACUAA